AUGACAAAGAGCAGACGAGCCAGGAGUUUGGAGAGUGUCAGUCCAUUGCCAGACUUUGCAAAGCAAAAAACAUCGAGAGACAGUUUAGCCCACCACAAAACGGAGAACUUGAAAGCAACAAAAGAUUCUGGGAGAGGAAAAGAACUCAUAGGCGAUCUUCUUGACGUUAAUAAUGACUGGCUGCAAGGUGAACGCUGGAGCUAUUAUUCCGGCACAGGAGCACGGUGGCAGUUUCGCGCAAGUGCGGUAGCAGAAAAGCGGUAUAGUCGCCUAGUGGAGCAUCUCAACAGAUUUAUUCGCCUUCAUAUCAUCUCUUCCGCAGAGCCACUGACGGUCAUCGUCGAUGCCCAGGAGACUAUUGAAGACCUGGCCCAGCGUAUCGAAGUCGAGCUAUUUGCGAGAGCCUUAGAAUCGUCAGAUGGUGACUUGGAUUUGACACCAUUUGAAUGCUGCCUUUUGUACGAUACGAAUAUGAUUGCCCUGAACUUUAGCGAUCGCAUCGAGGACGUUCUAGGACACGACGAGGAUGUUCAUGUAAUGACAGUAACGGAAUGUGAGCAAGCCGAGCCAGCCGACAAUGUGGAGGCAGUAGCAGAUACCAAGCAAACGAUUGGUCCAACCGAACGAAGACCUUCGACACAUCAUGCCCGCAAUUUUGAAACUGCCAAGACGCGCACAAAGCAUUUAUCAAUGGACGAAAAGCUACAAAACGUUUUGCACCACAAAGUUGGUUUGGAGCGAUUUGUUCAGUUCUGUGCAUCAGACCAUACCCUGGAAAAAUUGCUAUUUUGGAUUGAUGUGGAGAUAUUGCAAGAUGUGCCUCUGGAAUAUGUUGGUCCUUACGGCCGUUAUAUUUUCAUGACAUAUAUUAACGACGGAUGUCCUCUCCCUGUCAAUCUUCGACCACAAGCAAAGUUGGACGUUACGAGAUCAAUGGCCGCAGUGACAAGGGCAACGUUUGACGAGUGCCAAGAAAUGGUUUACAAUUCUUUGAAAGGGCAAAGCUUUGGAAGGUUCGUAAAGCAUCAGCUGUACAUGGAGUAUAAUGAGCAAAGACUAGCUGGUGGACCAGGUUAUAAAAUGGGGUUUCUUCACGCAUCCUAUUUUGAAAUGGCUCCUCCAGAUUGGGAGUUGGUUCAGCAGCUGAUUUCAACGUUGGAAAACCCAGCACUUCAAAACCAGAAUACAUUCACCUCCUUUUUUCCACCCAGCGAUGGCUCGAUGCCUUUUCAGGUGCAAGUCUUGACAGUAAUCCUGCGACACUAUUUUCCUCACAUGAGUACCCCUGCAACGUACUUUCGUGACGCGCAAUACGCGUCAGCUGCCAAGCGUAAGAGCAGAAUAAACAAAGACAAGAAAUUGACAAAGUUCUUUGGUGCUCGCCCCUCUGGAGAUCAAAUCCACCGACAGUUGGCGAAAGCAAAUCCGCGAGUCGAGUUAGGGCAUGAAGAGGUUGAAGAUGCAAAGCAGGAAAACCCGGAGGAAGCGAUUGUUCCUGAAAGCAUAUUCAAGAAGCGUAGAUUUUCAAAACUACACAACUUUUUUGGAGAAAACUUACCAAAGCCGCAGCUAAAGGCACAGAAUCUGGCAACACGUCAGGAUUCUGUUGCCAGCCUUCAAGGGAACGAACGCAAAAUCACCGGUCGGACUCGUAGUCACACUAUUCAUUCAUAUACCCCACCACUACCUCGCCGAAAUCAGAAUGAGCUGGAUCCAACUGAGAAAAAGCGGCUAGUGAAACAAAAACUGAAAAUCAAGGCGGUACUUGGAACGCCUAUAGGCGAGGUUCUUUGUCCAAACCCGCUACUCCGAAGAAGAUCUUACAGCAUCGACUCAUUGCUACUAGCAUCAAAAACAGACGUUACAUCUGCAGGUGUACAGCUUUCGGAGAGGAAAGCGCGAAGCGAAACGGCAGUUGCUUCAGCCGACGGUUCCAAAGUGCGAUUACAUAGCAAGACGGCAACGAACUGUCAUCUGAGUUCUCAAGAAAGUAAUCACUCCAUUACACGUGGCUCUGAAUUGCUGGAAGACAAUGAUAGAUCUCGUCGUAGGAAGAGGGUACAAAAGCUUCUGGCACUUUUAGGCGAGGGUUUGCCGGCAGCAACCGUAAACGAUGCCGCAUCAUCCGUGAGGCCAAAGUCACCAGUUACUCUAUCACCAGAAGUGCGCCAAGAGCAUGUGAGGAGAAACAGCAAAUUAGAGCGAGUGUUUGGCAAGGUUCCACCCAGUAAUUUAGUCGCCGGAAAUCCCCUCUUUGAUCCGCACUCUGCAGCGAGUUCUCACCAGAGGGCCAUCCGAGGACUCAGCAUGUUCAUCCAGAACGAGAACGGCGUCGUGGAUUUGAUGGAAAAAAUGGCAGCAUUUGACGAAAGCCCACACCCGGGAAGUUCUGAAGAGGACAUGGGUUCUGAAGUAGAGAGAACAAAAAAGAGAAAGCAACUCAGCAAACUCCAAAAAUUCUUUGGCGAUGACUUUGCCGGCAUGACAUUUAUGCUGGAACAUGCAAUAGAAUCCCAAAUAGAAAACCCUGAGGAGCUCUGCCAGCUUCGCGCUGAGUUAAAACAGCUGCGGGUAGAGCUAAGUAAAAGAAAUGAAGAGAUUAGAAAGGGUCUGGAUACGUGGAGAAAGUCAUUCAUAGCUGAGUAGAUGAGAUGUCUGUCUCGGCCAAAACUGUACCUGAUCACAAGAUCCUAUGUAUUUACAUGUUUAAUAGGUAUUGAUUUAUGUUAAG